AUGGCAAACAAAGGUCCGAUCUUCCAUCCUGUUGCGACGGGAGCGGCGGCAAGAACCGUCAAGGCUCAUGAGGAUGAACAAAAGUUGAUUUUCUGGGCUGGAUGGUUCUGUCCUUUUACCCAAAGGAGCUGGAUUGUUCUGGAAGAAAAGAGCAUUCCAUACACAUACCUCGAAGUUAAUCCAUACCUCAAAGAGCCCGAGUUCCUAGCGAUAAGUCCAAAUGGAACAGUACCCGCCAUCCAAGACAAAGGCAUGACGAUUCACGAUUCAACCAGGAUCAACAAUUAUCUCGAGAAUACGUACUGGGUCUCCCGCAACGCAUCGAUAAUCUGGCUCCUCCCUGCAGAGGAAAAAGCCCGGUCCACGGCAUUCCAGUGGAUAGCUUACAUCAAUGAAACGGUAGUUCCCGCAUUCUUCCAUUUGCUACAGGCUCAACCGGACGAGCCCGAAAAGACAAAGGUCGCAUUGAGGGAGUUGAAAGUCGCCUUGACAACUAUAUCCUCGUUGCGGAAGGGACCUUUCUCUUUUUGGACCCACGUUUGGUUUAGUUGA